AUAAAGCUACCGAAAAAGAGAAAAAAGAAAUCAAAAGAAAUCGAAAAAGAAUAACCGAAAACAAAACUAGCGAAGCAAAUAAAAAUCACCCUCCACAAAGGGAACUAAUAAAAGAAUUACAAAACACAGUUAAUCAAUUUUCACCAUUAAAGUUAGCAUUACAAAUCAAAGGAGCGAAAUAG